GUAGACUCCACCCUUAUCAUGGCCCAACUUCCAAAAAUUUCACGCGUAGCUAUCAUUGGAGCUGGCCCAGGAGGUCUUGCAGCUGCAAAGGCUUUACGAGACGAAAAUGCAUUUGAGAAUAUAACAGUGUUUGAACGUAAUAAUCAAGUUGGAGGCACAUGGAUCUACUCUCCUAAUGUGAAUGCCUCACCUGCCAUUCCUUCGGUCAAUGCUUUGGAAGUUGACCCUCCAGGACAGCAAAAAAAUGAUCACGUCCAAGGCUCAGCAAUCUAUUCCCAUCUCAACACCAAUCUCCCUACACCUGUAAUGGGGUACCGUGAUUUUCCAUUCCCAAAGAACACCCCUCUUUUUCCUUCUCAUGAGCAUGUCUUGAAAUAUAUUCAAUCCUUUGCUGACAAGAACCAGCUUAAGCCAAUGAUUAGAUUUAGUACGAGUGUAGUACAAGCUGAAUAUCUGCAAGAACAAAAGGUUUGGCGCCUUUCCUUGUCAGAGCAAUCGCAAGGAUCUUCACUCCGAAAAGAAUACACAGAAUAUUUUGAUGCUCUUGUAGUUGCCAACGGCCAUUAUUCUGUUCCCUAUAUACCUGACAUUGAGGGCUUAAAAGAAGUUGCAGCCAGUAGUAUCAAGAAUAACAUAAAAAUUCAACAUUCUCGAGAUUAUCGAGAGCCAAAUGAAUUCAAGGACAAGACUAUUCUGGUAAUCGGGGGUGGGCCAUCCGCUUUAGAUAUCGUCCGCGAGUCUUCUGCUACAGCCAAAAAAAUUUACCAUGCUGUAAGAACAGAGAACAAACUAUCCGCAAGAGCUCUUGAAAAUCAAGCUCCUAAUUGUCAUCGGGUCACUCCCCCAAAAAGAUUCAUUGCCGAAACAGGAGGGCGUUCCAAGGUGGAAUGCGUCGAUGGAAAGCUAUUAGAGGACAUCGAUGUUGUAGUAUUUGCUACUGGAUAUCUUUAUAGCUUCCCAUUCUUGCCCUUCGAGAAAAACAAUUUGAUUAUAGACGGUCAAAAAGUAUUGCAUCUCUACCGUUUCUUGUUUUACAUCCCAAACCCUACAUUGGCAUUUAUCGGGCUCCCUAUCAAGGUAGUCCCGCUUCCAUUAUCUCAGUCUCAAGCGGUUGUUAUUGCCCGGGUCUGGAGUGGAAAGGCAAGAUUGCCUUCUGAAGAGCAGAUGCGAGAGGACGAUCGAGAAAGGCAAGAAAGCAAUAACAGAAAAGACAUUGUAUUGUCCCAAGAAGAGGAAUUGUCCUACGCCGAUCAUUUGGGUGCAUGGGCAGAAGGUUGGGAAGGAGGCGAUGAUUUGAGUGGCUGGUCUUCGGCAAAUGUAGUUACUGGACCUCUUUCUCAAGAUUGGAAGCAAAUGCGAAAGACGUGGGUGGACCUUAGAAAGGAGCACCUAGGUUAUUGAUUUUCACCUAUUGUUUAGAUUAUUAUUAUAUAUAUACACAGGCUUCCUCCCCAAUAUAUUAUCGUUUGUUGCUUUGUU